AUGUCUGCACAGUUGAAUGAGAAAGAGGCUGCCUCUUCCCGUAUUUUAUCUUAUGGAGCAUAACGGUGGAUAGCUAAAGAUAUUUGUCCGAGGUAAAAUAUCAUGUCUACGUUUGAGUUUUCAAUUGCCUAUGUCCCUUUUCAUUUUAAUCUUGUGUUUACUGCCCAAAAUGUCCUUUUUGUAUAUAAAUAAUUUGGCCGUUUUCUACCAAAAUCUUUUAGAAUGAACGGCGACAUUAGCCGUAUACCGAUUCAGUCUCUGGGAGCUGUAUUUAGUCUCACAGAUAUUUUGCCCGAGCUGCCUUUACCUUCUGCUCUUCCCCAUGGGCCGAGUAACGACACCUUCCUGUCGGACUCGGUGCUGUCUAAUGACGCCGUAAGGUGCUUGCUUUCCAAAGACGAAACUCUCACGUCCAUGCUAGCGGAAGCUCUGACAAAUGUCUCAACCGACAAUAUGUAGGUUUAUUACACCUUUCUCAGUGUCUUUCUCAGCGAUCUCAACGACAAUCCGUCGACGGAGGCACUGGACUCCUCUAAUCUCCCGCCCUUAUUGGUGUCAGUUCUCCAAAAAAACGACUCUGUUUUUCACCGUAAGCGCGGAGUCUAUCUUGAGUCGCAGAAAAAACACAGUGUACCGAAUUGCAAAUGGAAUUCUCAAUCUACUAACGACCCAAAUGGAUGUAAGCCCGUUUUAUCAGGUCCUGUAUUUGGUGUGUAGAGCACCCAAACAUCGGGGCUCCACCACUGCUUUCUUACACGUAGUUUCUCUGCCCACACAUGACUUACGACGCCAAAUAUUUGUACUUGAUUUUUCCCACCCUUUCUAUAGACUCUUCAAAGGGUUAUCCAAUUGCUGGUAGCUGCUGUGGCAUUUCCUCUAAUUGUAGAUCCUUCUCUCUGAUAUUGUAUUUUAGCGUUUGAUGAAAUUUCGGAAUCUCCGUCCAAAAAGAAGCAUAAAAAGAAGAAACAUAGAAAGCGGAAGUCUGAGCACAAUGACAACGCCUCCAGCGGUGUUGAUUCAGCUGCCGCUACACCCGCUGGUUCAAGCUGCGGCGCGCGUUCCACCAGUGAAGAUGUUAUCUCGUCCGCAACCCCUCAAGUCCCUUAUGGUGUGAGUGUAAAUGUGAACCCCGAUGAAAAGAAGAUACUUCUCAAAUUUUCGUUUAAACGUCCUCCUGCCGAUGAUUCGACUUGUAAUCAUCUCCAGUCCACCGAGUCGAAAGCCAAGAAAGAAAAGAAGGCGAAACGGUCGAAAGAUCACGAUUGCAAGAGGCAUCGAAGUCGGGAGUCCAGGCAACCAAACGUUUCGGCAGGCAAUCUGUUGGAGUCGAAGUCUAGUCAAUCUCAUCCUCUCUCCAAACCGACCUCUGGCGCUACCGAUCCCCCUACGAUGCCGUCACAGCUCAUCCUGUCUGCCAACGGCACUGCCCCUGUUCCCACCAAAAUAAUCAGUGUUGCUCCUUCCAACUUUGCAGGUGCAGAACAGCCUGACCAUAAAGCGUCACUGCCGCCUCCGUCUACCUUAUCUCCAAACAGCAUGCUUGAGGGGAUAGCAGCUAUAAGCAGUUCGUCUUCCCACCCCGCCGAUCUACGCAUGGUUUUUGACACGUCAAUCAUUAAUUCAAGCUCAAGCAGGAUGGACUAUGCAUCCCCUGACCUCUUCCUUAAUGAUCUUGCCGUUUCCCAUGCUUUCAACUCCAGCAUCUCACACCCGGCUGUUCCUGCCCCACCCAAUUUUUCUGUCAUGGACUACGACAACUACAUUCCCACCGAUCUCUUAGGCAUGAGUGCAAACCUUGCCCCACCAGUGUCCUCCAGCUCGCUAUUUUCCGGCGAAACCGGCCAAGCAAGCAACUGCUCUCCUUCACAGGAAAGCAAGGUUUAUCGGGGCCCAUUUAUGGUGGCCUCACACUUGGAUUAUGACUUAAAACGGCCCACUCAAGACCAAUCUUUAUUUUUGGAUAACAUUCCUACCUCCACCUCUGUUCCCGAAUUUCACAACAAUGCUCUGCAUAUGUCAACGCCUCAGAAGGUUUCAACCAGUCAUUUGAAGGGUUAUGAUAUAGCCAGUCUUGCUGAUCCUAUGUCUCAAGUCACGCCCAUGGGCUUGGCGAGUUACCUCAACUCCUCGCAACAAAAUCCUAAAUCAACGCCGUCUAUGCAGUCACCCACCAAUGCGCAUUUACAUUCCACCAGCAAAGCCGUCAAUGCUUCAGGAAAGCCACCGAGAAGAAGACCAAUUGUGUCCAGGCGUAAGCAAACUUACUGGCUUUGCUUCAAACAUGCGUUACAAACGCACUUUGUAUUUUCUUGUAGUCCACUCAAAUCUUGUUCUAAAAAUGAGACCGGGCACAUAAACUAUCCAAACCAAGGGAUGUUAUCAUGCUCUAACAACAUCAAGUAGGUUGUGAUAUAGUUUAUCGGCAGUCUAAAGUCCUAUUUUAACCAGAAUGUAUGGUCAUAUUUAUUCUCGUUCCUUGUAGUGUGGCACAAUUUUCCGCGUCAUUGUAAUAAUACAUGAUUAUGGGGUGGAUAUUACGCUCAUCAUAGCAGCCUAAUCGGCAUGCCUUAUGCCUGUUUUUUUAAGUCGUCACCACUUGUUAGUGAUAGGCUAGAGCCUCUGUUAUAAGUGUAUUUCCUUGCAGGCCGACGCCGCAAUGAGCUAGAAGACCUUCGGUCCUGGGCCGUAAAAUACCCCUCUGGGACACCGAACUCUGCAUCUCUCAAGUCAAAUGCAGCAGACAGAUUGUCGGAUGAGGCUUCCUCAUGGGACGCUACUGUUGGAAGUUACAGCCAGGCUCUCGGUGAGCGGGCCAAACGAAGGAAACGGAUGGCUAAUCAUCCCGGUGCCCUUUCAUCGGAUUUUGUAUUCGAGAACGACAAGGACUACCCCAAGUAAGCCAAAAAUGACCAUUCCAGUCUCCCUUGUCGUUAAUGUUAUUAGGCCUAUCUGUCUUGAAGCCAGUCAGUGUUUUAAAGUUUUGUAGAUUACAAGAAUACGGUUUGAGAGUGAGAGGCGUAAAGAACAGAAUUAUACCUCUAACGUCGAUACAUUCCAUUGCUCAUAUAGGUUCUUUUUGCUCAGUUUCAUCUUCGACCCUGUUAACUAUAGCCUUUUAUAUCUCAACCUGAACACAUGCGUUUACGCACUUAUUUACACUGUCUAAAAAUUUACAAUGAACCGAAUUACUACCUUCUACGUGUUUAUCGAGCAUUUCCGAACCGGUGCAGCCCGCCAUUACGCUCAAUACUGAAAAUCAAAAAUUGCUGACCGUUAUUUUAGGUUUAAUAUGUGCACUUUCAGAAUGGUUUUGUUCUAGUCAUGCAAAGUGGAUCUAGCCCCACGUUAAGCUGUAGGCAGAGGCAUAGUGGUUUUCCAUCUGUGAUCUAUCCGCCUAUUCCAGACUACUAAUCACACGGUAUGUCCAUUUUUAUGCCUAUAGAUUCAGAUGUUGAUAAUAGGGCCAUUUCUUUCAAAUUCACGUUUUUGCGCCCAAUAUGUGAUAGUAUUUGACAUUUCCGACUUAAAGUCGCUUUUGCAGACUUGGUUAACCCUACCAGACAUGUACCCUGAGUUUUCAUGGAUUGCAGGGUUUUUAUAACGGCCAGCAUUCCAUUGUCUUCUCGACCUAACGUAGGAUAUUGCUCUUCGGGUGUCGGGGCGGACGAAUAACUUAUGCGUCUAUUAUUUCCAAGCACGUUUAAGGAUUUCAACUUCACCAUUUCAUACCAGUGGAGAAUGAUGGUGUCUUUUUACAGUGUCCCUGGCAUCGCUUCCAUCCUCGAAAUUGAAAAUAAUACCAAACAGCUAUCCCCUUAGCCUAUUCUAUACAUUGGUAAUACCGGAGCGAUUCCACUUCAGUCGGUAUUGAGAAAUCAGGGCAAACUUAAGCGGAAUAGAUUAGAGCCCUUACCCCACUAACUAAUUAGAUAAAAAAAAAUCGCAGUGGUCGCUAGUCUAAAUCACCAUCAUACACGACCGAUUUCCAAAGGGAAUUAUGACACCACUGCUUUCUGAUCUCAUACGAGCGAUGGGUGCUGUAGUUUGUUGGGACCUGACGUUCGUCAACUGUCGUCUGCUGACAGCUGAGGCGUGAGAUUGUCUUAGAGCUUUCUGUUUUGUCAGGUUUAUGGUUGGUCUCUGCAGUUACUUUUUGCCACUUAUGACUAGCAUGACUCCUUCUCUACGUGACCUCUAUGGCACUCCCACCUAAUGUGAUCCGAGCCGCUCCCGCUCUUUUUAUUGUAUAAAAUACUAGCCAGUGUACGUUGGGGAUCAGAGAGUGUGGUGGUACGCCUGGGUGCAGGUUUUCACCGUGCCAGCUACCUUCGACCUCUCCCAUCUCCAGUCCUUUUGACUCUGUCUUGACACCGCAUCUCGGUGGGAGAUGAGGAGUACGGCAGAUGCAGCGCAAGUCCAGUAUCCUACUAAACUAACGCACGCGCAAGUCACCGUCCGCUCUGUAGAGGAUACGACGGUAUAUCGUGGACGACUGUCGAAGUGUCAUACUGAACCGUCAUGAGGCCAGCCGUUGCCUACCGCCCACUCCAUGUAGCUCAUCACACCACUCCUUGAGCCUGUUGAAACUCCAGACGUCGUGGCACAUGACAUCUUCGUUACUGGUAGACGUUUAUCUAACAUUCGAACGACGAAGGCCGAAUGUUACGUGAGGAAUAGUAAACGUAGUUGCUAGGUUAUGUUCCUUUACGCUGGAAAGAUUUUCCUGCCAGCUAGCAUAACCAAAUGCGACCGGCUUCCCGAAAUAUACAGUUUUUCAAAGGUUAUCAACCGGAUCUGCCUUUUUACGACUUGCUUUUUAUGCUCUCCCUCUAGUUUUUAACCAUGUAUGACCAAACCAUCAACUCUUGAGGGUUUCACCAGUGCUGUUGUCUUCAGCUGACGUUGACAAUGUUAUCGGGCGGUCAGUUUGCCCCCAGUCACCACAUACUGAAGCUGCGUUAGACUAAGGGGCCGGUGAAUUGCAGAUAGAAACUCCUCUCCUCAGCUAAAGACAAGAAAAAGGAAUCAUAACAUGAUUAGCGCUUCUUCGUGUUUGUCUAAUCUGCGAGUUAUCAGCUUCUCCUACACUUCGGGGCCUUCAGCCUUCAUUUAUUUAACGAAGGUCUGCUUUCCAUCCCCUUCGUCUGCGUUUGUAUCCAGUGGUCGUACCGAGUGGAUUUGCUUUUUACUACCUACGAGGAUUAAAAUGGCUGUGGAUACGAGAUUCAGCGUUCUACAUUUUUCUCGAAUAAAUAGACCUUUACCGCCACGUGGGGAGGAAAUGGAAGGGGAUUCUGCGGAAAAACCCGUCACCGAUAUUUCUAUUGGUGAAGACACAGAAGCCGGUGGCGGUGGUAGGACCAGUGACGACGAAUCCUCUGCGCAAAUCUCUACCAGGUACUCACGUACAGGUGCUAACAAACGUUCAUACGCUGGUAUGGAUGACAAUGAAGAUGUUCCCGACGACGAAUGCUACAAGGAUCCCGAGACAGGCGGCCGCCGGCGGCGCAAGGCGAACGAUGAUGAUGAACCAUUUGAAGGUGGGUCUGCCUCUUCUAGUUUCGAAGAUGUACUAUCCUCUACUUUUUUCUCCGAUAUAACAUUGGACAUUACUUUUUCUUGCAGUGCGCCUGAAAGAGCCUGCUGAACAGCGCUUCCCUCAUCUCCAGAAGGCUGCUGAACAGGUUCGACCUACGCGCGAACGUGUUCGCUUCAAGAUAAUGAGCGCACAGCUCUCCGAAUCCAGCGCUUCGGUCAAUAGCCUGAAAAAGUUCCUCUCUCGCGUGGACAAGAUCCUGGACUCGGUAGAAGAACUCGAUCUCCUGACGCCAGUGGUGAAGAGCAGCUCACUGAAGGACAAGGAUGGCGACGUCAUUAACGUCGAUGAGGAUGAAGAGGAGGCCGAGGAAGCUGCGGUGGCUUUGGCAGACGCCUCGGUACCCGCCGAGGCUACCAUUGCACCUUCGGACCUGGCCGAACUCGGCAAAGACGUGGCCAAGUUGAAGAGCACGGGCUCUGCCAAUCAGGUGCCAAUGGAUCGCUUACUGAAGCUGCUUACCCUUCUCCUUUUGAACGUCCGCGACGGUGCAAAUGUCACGCCUACCUCCUCUCAAGAUGCCUCUGACAGGCGCGAGUCACGGCUCUGGCGGGAGAUUGCCAUGGAGCGCGUCACCCGAAGUGUCCAGUCCAGCCUUAUCGCUAUCACCCUAAUGACUUCCAAGGACAUGCCUCGUGAAAUCUACCUGGAGGAUGUGAUCGAACAGGUUGUCCAAGUUACUCGCUUUCAACUCUCCAACUGCAUUUACCCCGAGUACGAUCCGGCAUAUCGAGUCGAAAAUACGGCAAAAGGUCAGGAGACUGGAAACCUAAAUACGUCCAUCAUUCCACUUUUCUGUUAAAAAAAAUAAUUUUCACUUAUCAAACAUUUUGUUUUGGGCAUUUGUAGAUAAUCAGAAUAGUAUCAAAUCGAGGCGCGCUCGCGAACGGGACAUUCACAAAUCGACCGCUAUUGUGCAUCUUUACUAUCGCCUAGUAGAGAUUGUUUCCAAUCUGGCAGAACUUGUUAAUAUGCAGCGGCUAACGGACAGUUUGGUGUUGACUCUCUCAUCGCUUGGCGUCUCGGCCUUCUUCGUGGAAAAUGUGACCGAACUGCAACUGGCGGCACUGAAGCUUGUGACUGGAAUAUUCUCCCAAUAUGAAGCUCACCGGAACUUAAUUGUUGAAGACAUUAUAGCAAGCAUUGCAAGACUUCCUUCCAGUAAGAAAAAUCUCCGUGCAUACCGGUGAGUCAGCAACCAUGGUGUACACGGCUAUUGAGAACUCCUUUAAACUUUUUCCAACCGGUGAUAUGUAAAAACCUAAGAACAAAAAAGGCUUUGUCAUGCGUCGGUGAUAGUGUAGUAGACGACAAAAAUUAAAACCUCAAGGAAAAUACUUCAAAUGUCUUCAAAUCGAAAAGUUGGCUUGAAUGAGGUCGUAACACUAGCACAAGAUAUGAUUCCAAGCUAUUUCGUGUGCGGGAGUGUUAUCUUUGGCUUAGCAUCCUUCUGGACCCAUAUAUAGACGAAAUACGGUACAAAAUAGUGCCUUUUCGUCGUUUUCGAGUGUAUUCUCUAGAAAAUGUGCUGGUCAGUUUGUUUUUACGAGAAAUUUCAUCGAGAGUUCUUGUUUGGAGCCGAAGUGUAUUUCGAUUUUUAAGGAUUUUGCGGUAGUUUUCUUAAACGUUUACACGGUUUUCUUUUAUAAACUAGUGUCCAAAGUUGUACUUUGUUUUCGGGCCCUACAAGGCCUAUUACGAUAUUUUGAGACCCAGAAGCAAUUCAUACACCGCCGUCAUCCGAUUCAAAUAUCAAAUUUGAACGAACGCAAUUUCCAGCAAAGUGCACUUACGAAAAAAAUACUUUUGGGCAAAACUUCCGGGAGAAUUUUUUUAAUUUCUAAAAAUAGAAUCCUUUGCAAACUGCAUACUCUUUAGGUUGAGAUUUUUACCGUAUACUUUUUACGCGUGCGACUGGAAAGAUUCUUGGGAGAAAGCCAGCACGCUACUGCUCAUAUCGUUUUUCUUUUUGGAAGCCUUUUGCCUUUACCGCGAGAAUGAGCUCCCACUAUUAAUUGAGAGAUAGAGCAUUCCAGUGUGCAAUUAGGCAGGUAGUCUGCUCAAGUGACGCUGACACAUAGAUUUAUGUCCAUGUCAGUCUGAUUAUACUCUAUCCAUUUUAGGCUGAAUUCCGAGGAGAGUAUUCAAAUGUUCACGGCCUUGGCUCUGCUCCUAGUUCAGUCAGUCAUUGAGCUUCCCAGUCGUCCUGCCGAUAGCAAGACUUCCUCCGCGAACGCUGACGAAAUAAGCUCGACCGCAGCAACCAACAAUCCGGACUCCUCUAAGGCCAAACCCUCCCGGCCGGACGAUGAAGUGCUGGUUACCUCCUCUUACCAAAGAGCCUUACGCACAGCCCAUUCAUUCCUAGCCGUCUUCCUGAAGAAAUCCACUACCCGUGGAGAGGACGACUAUCGUAUUAUUUUCGAGAACUUUGUCAACGAUCUACUCCUUACAGUGAAUAAGCCCGAAUGGCCUGCAGCCGAAGUGAUGCUCAGCCUACUGGGUAGCCUUCUGGUCCAACAGUUCAACAACAAGUCUCUCGAUCAGGCCAUUCGUGUCACCAGUGUGGACUACCUAGGCACGGUUGCCUCCACUCUGCGCCGUGAUGCUGUAACAAGCCAGCUGAAAGAGCACGACAUUGACCUAAUCAUUAAGGAGUUGAUCGACGGCAACCAGUCCGAUUCGGAGGAAGAAGAGGGUUCGGAGACAGAGACCACCGAGGCGAAGGCUGAUGUGGAGGAGAGGAAGAAAAAAACAAAGAAGGAAGAGGAGGACGGGGGAGAAAAGGAGGGAGAUGAAGAAAACAAGGAUGAGAUCAAGGAGAACGGUCUGGCGCCCGAAGUGAAGGACGGCGAAGUGGAGCCUGUCGAUAAGGAGGCCGCCAGAAAGACGGAUGAUGUCGGCAAAAGCGAUGUUCAAGAGCAAUCCGCCGAAGUUGUCACCAAUGUAGAUGAAGUUAAGAAGGAAACCGCCGCCAAUGGUCGAAGGCACAAACGAAAAUCGACCCCGGCAAACUCGACCAGCACUCCGUCAGCGGACCCGGUACCCAGUGCGCCCGCUGAAAUGGAUCGCAUCUUGGUUCUUCGUGAUGCCAUGCUGGACUAUCUGCUGGAGGAUGAGGCUAAUCCUGUUGCCUUGGUCAGUAUUAUUUCCUCCUUAGUUUGAUUUACUAGACUUCCUUGUGUGAUUGCGUAUCUUCCUGGCCUCCAGUGAAACCUCUUGCAGACGCACAAGAGCUAGAUAGUCACUGCAAUUUUCAGGAAAUUAACUACCGUGACUUUUUGGCAUUAAUAAACAAAAAGGGGAAUUAGUCCAUUCCGGCAUAUUUCUCCCUCUCAUUAUGCCCAAUUACAGGACAGCUUUUGCAUUGACUCGGAUCUUUAAUUUUGCGCGUAUGCUAAAGCUGAUUAGCUGGCAUUUUCUCUGUUUAGUGACGUUAGUAUGUAUUGCAACGGUGUCUAAGGGGGGAAGACCCUCUGAUAAUUAAUCCAGUAGUAUACUCGUCGAGAAGGCGUGAAUAUUGUAGCGAGGGAGAUUUGCUCAGGAUAUACACCUCCACCUCUUUCAACACCCAUUGUACUUCGAUCAUAAGACUAAAUCCAGGCGAGUGGAGUGGAGCGUAGUCAUGAUACCUGACUUGGCACGAAACCCUUACCCUCGUUGUGCAAUGCAUAUUCCGAUCCUCCGAUUGACACAGAGGAACUUUGCUUACCCGAAUAUCACAUCGGAGGAAGAUGUCAUAAAGCGAGUUCUGAAAACCCACUAGUCUGCCAAGCCCCAACUGAAUGCGCCAUGAUAUUUAGAAGAUCGCAAGAGGUACCCUGACAGUUUGACCACCGAUUCCGACGAUGUCCACAGCAGGGUGGACGCAGGCACGCUGAUUUGCACAUGAAUAAGUUAAUAACAAUAGGGGACUUGCGCUGAAUCGGCCACACUCUCCCCAUCCACCUGACUGACACGGCGUAAACCCACGCCUAGAGGUGCCACCACACUUGACUCACCAAAUGCAGUAGGUGGGCUAAAUCGUGAACUUUCAACCGAAAUUCCGAAGUGCAUUUUCGUUUCGAAAAGAUUAAUGAAGUAGGUUUGUAACAGUAAUCAUCGUGUAGCUAAUGCUAUAAUUAUUCAGUUAAGGAUGCCGGCUUUCGAAUGAACUUCCUUCCGGUUGCAUGCAAAAACUACACUCUGUAAGAAAUGACUACUUAAGUAGCAUGAAUUUUUCUCACUGAUUUUCGACGCCCCUAAAAGUACAAUUAUAUUUCGUCAAAAACAUGCAUAAAAAUAUUCAUUCUUUUGCUCAUUCGGUAGAUAAUUACGUCUUCUUCUAAUUUUAUACUCGAAGGAGGGACACAAUUCGGUUUUUAAAAAGUUUCAAAUUGUGGGACUUAAAUACAGUGAAAUGGCCGUUCAUAAAUCGUCAUGUCUCUGCGUUUACCAAUGUGGCUUGUAAAGUUAACAAUAUGGAUCAAAUCUACUGCUUAUUUUUAUGAACCCUAUAUGGUCCCCCUUUAUUGCCGUAGAGAAAUGUGUGGUUUUCCGUACGUGGAAAAUACACGGCUUGUGGUUUGGAAACCCUGCAUGCAAAAUUAGCCGGGAAUUGGAGAAGUUUUUGAAAACCGAAUUAUACCCUUUAAGUAUAAGAUUGGAAGAAGACGUAGUUGUCUACGAAUGAGCAAAAGAAUGAAUAUUUUUAUGCAUGCUUUUCAUGGAACAUAAUUGAAUCUUUAAGGGCAUCGAAAAUCAAUUAAAAAAUGCAUGCUACUUAAGUAGUCACUUCUUACAGAGUGCAGCUUUCGCAUGCAGCCGGAAGGGAGUUCAUUCGAAGGCCGGCAUCCUGAGGUAAGUGAAAUAUUAUAGAAUAAAGUUGCAGGCUGACUAGUUUUGCAACCCUACUUAAUUAAUCUUUUCGAGACGAAAACGCAUUUCGGAAUUCCGGUUGACAUUUCACGAGUUAGCCCACCUACUGUACAAAUAGCCAGCAUUUUACAUAACAAGAAAAAGGAUGGAGGCACGGAUCCUAGCUGAUUGGGAGGAGCCAUUGUACUCCCCGCUCUGUGAGGAAGACCGAGUUAUCCCGUCAGCUGGCAGCGUUUCAAGCCACGGCUUUUGACGCACUGGGAUAGCUUUAAGCGCAUAAGAUUGUUUAUAGUGAGGUAUAUGCGCUUAGAUGGCUGACCUCACUCUCUUCCCUCUGUCAGGCAUCAGUCCACUGUCCGAGUUGGUCAGUUGUCUAGUGAGGGGAUUGGGCGCUGUGGCUGACAGAGCUAGGAAGCCAGACAGCGCGUGUCACACACACGACUUGGUCUCCCACACGCCAGGAUUUCGCACAGGGGUCGACUGCAAAGGUCGAGUAGCAAGGGUCAUAUGAAGAAGGAGCCAGAGGACACUAUUCCCACGACAAGCCGCUCAAGAUCCACUUAUUUGCCUUCCAUUGUGUACCUGUGCUGAAGGUGGGCUAAAUUGACUGGGUGAAAAGGAAUCCCCCUGAAAUGGUCAGGCGUGGCGAUUAAACACAGUCAGUGAUUCCUUUGUAUUUCCCCCUCACUUGUAGUCCGUGUCCGACCUACUUUGCCUUCUCCUAAUCCUCCUGGCACUUACUAUUACCUGGUUCGUUAGUAACCAGCUGAAGCCAUACGUAGCCUCCAAGUUGGGUUCAAAACAGAAUGGGACUUCAUUUCCGUCCUUUCACCGCAUUCAUUGCUCAUGUCAUUUGUGCUCUGCUAGUAACAUUGAGAAUUAAGUGUUGUUGCUGUUAGUGUCAUCACGUACAUUUUCACUUGUUUUCCAACUUGUUUUUCACUUGUUUUCAGUUGUUGGAUGUCCUAAUUUAGGAGUAGACUGCUGCGCCUUUUGAUUCUUAUCCACUCUGUAGUACAAUGUCUUCCACAAGAUAACAUUUACUGACUCCACUCCUGCGUUUAUUCGACCAACUUCAUCAGCUGAGGUCGAAUCUAGCGUGGCCUCGUGAUUUAAAGACAUCUGCGCGUUUUUCUUUUACAGUACUUUUUGGCGUACUUUCUGCCUGUUAUUCUUAAAGUUGUGCACAGUCAUGGAUCACGCGACUGAAACUUGUAUUUGGGAAUUUGGCUCAUGGCCUUAUUUUACUUUCAUUUUCGCUUUACGUUUAUCCCGUUGAAACUUCAGUACGCCUGCAAAUUCUACAUGGCACAGUGGCUAGAGGACUGCUCUAAGGAGGUAGAACGUGCUCAGCGCCUGGCCAACGCUCCGGAAUCCGAAAUCGGAGAGACUUCGGAGACGCAAAUUCCCGCGUCCGUGCCCCAGCCAAGCGGUAGGCGAGGCUCUCGGAAGGUGGCACCCCCAACAACGCCCACUCCCCUCUCGGCGACUGAUCUGGCAGAACAGCGUCGCCAAUACCUGAUGGAUCGUUUACGCGAUGAUCCCGCCAACUGGCGUCUGCGUUGUCGAGCCAAGUGCAAUCGACUGGGUCCAGCGGCUAUGCUGACGGCUGGCGCUAACACCUUCUCACGCCAGUCUGAAAAGUUGCGUGUCCUCUUUAAGGGCACCAUUGACUACGAGGAUGCCUACCUCAUUUGUCGUUAUCUAGCUAGUUUGCGGCCGUUUUCGCAGAGCUUUGACGUUUACCUCUCACAAAUAUGCAAGGUCAGUUUAGUGGUGAAUGCCUUUGAUGCUACUUGCUUUCUACGCGUCUUCGCAUUUACUGUUGAUGUCUGUUUUCAAAGCCUUCCCUCAAAACUCUGGUUAAAACGCCGCAAAUUGGGUUUCGUCACAUAUGACAGGAAGAUUUAAGUCAUCCUGGUCUGUGCAUGACUGCCCAGCAGCUGCAAACAUGCUUAUAACUGGCCAUUUCAACAUCCCUUGUCUUUGUCGGCAAUGCAUCUUUGCUGUCGACCGCACGACCGUCUGCCAUAAUUCAUGCAUGACCCCCCAUGACGGAAUAAAACGUCACAUUGCGCCCUGCACACGCAUACUGUAAAUCGGGGUUUUCGACAUCGUCAAGACCACGAGUUAUGCCUCUCCAAGUAGGAUUAGCGACUGGUGAAUGCAAUCCCCAAACAGCAGCCAAACAAGGGACAUAGGACGGAAAUCGUUCGACACGUUUUUAUCUAGAAUUUUCCUUACCGCGUACUAAAACCGGGUGUUUACAAGUAUUUGUUUUUUUGGUGUGCAUCGAGGCUGACAAUCCCCGGCCCGACAAACCUGUUGAUCCCCCGUCCAACCUCUUUAUCGGAGCAUUCUCUGCAUAUUUUUCAGUUAUUUUGAGGUAUAGUUAGCUCACGAGUCCAUAAAUUGCCCGAAACUCCGCUGCUACCCCAACCUCAUAGGAAAAGUUACAUUUUUUGCUAUCUGAGUAGGCUCCCGUCUCCAACCGGACUCAUCUAAUCACCUGUUCUCCCCUCUCCUACAGCUUCUUAGCGAGUCUUCCGUUGCUGUGCGCACCAAGGCACUGCGAUGCCUCUCCGCGGUGGUGGAGGCUGAUCCGGGUGUGCUUGCGCGUUGUGAUAUAGAACUGGCUGUCCGCUCGCGCCUGCUCGACACCUCGACUUCAGUGCGCGAAGCAGCCGUGGAUCUGCUGGGUCGCUUCCUCGUCUGUCGGCCCGAGCUCACGGCCCAGUACUACCCCAUGCUCUCGGACCGCAUUCGCGACAAGGGUGUGUCCGUACGCAAGCGUGUGAUUCGCAUUCUUCGCGAUAUCUGCAUUGAACAGCCCGACUUUGCACGCAUUGCGGACAUCUGCGUGAUGAUAAUUCGCCGCGUCAAUGAUGAGGAGAGCGUGAAGGUAUGCCUGCAGAGGGGCCUGUACUCACCCUACCGGUUUCCUCUCCUUGUAGGAUUUUUCUCGGCCAGUUGUGUGCCUUAAGAAGACGUGAUCAUCGAGUUGUUGAGUUUGUUGUUGAGUUGGCAUUGUAAGUACAUAAAUAGAGCAAAAGCAUCUUUACUGAUGUGACUGCCACACCAGUGCAAUUUCACGAGAUUGCCUGCACCCCUGUAGUCGAAAAGGACAGGAAACUGCAAUAUGUGUGGCGAAAUAUUUUACGUUUGGUAUCGUUUUUCUCCAAUCCAUGGCCCUACACCGAUAUACGGACAUAACAUCAUGAGGUUGGCAAGUCAACAUAGACAGGAGAACCUUAUUUCUGCUGCCUCCCUCUGCAGACCUUGCAUCGAUCCCCGAUAGGUGCCGUUUGACUUCACCUCGCUGCACCUUUGGCGCCACUUAUUCGACAUGCCAACGUCUGUGCCCACGGCAAAAAUUUAAAAUGUCGGUAGUAAGUAUUAAAACCAAAUAAAAUGUAUGCUUACAGUCGGUCGCCUGCAAAGCCUCACUCGGUAAAAAAAGCCUACUUGAGUACUAUAUAUUUUUUGUGGUCUUCGAUGUCGUAUAAAUUCAAGCAUAUACAAUAGGAAACAUGCGCAAAAAUAUUCUUCCUUGUAUACAUUUGGUAAAAAGUCACUCCCUCAAAUUUUAUACUCGAAGGUAGGGUAUCUUUCGGUUUUAAGGAGUUUCUAACUUGACGAUUUUUAAGGCUGCAAUGUCCACUUAAGUAGCAUCGCAUCUGUCCAUUUACGACAGUUGGACCGUCAUUUCCGACGAUGUUCACCGUUUGCCCUAUAGCAAAGUGAGGACAGGGACGGUGACUAGUACGUGAAUUAGUUUAUAGUGAAUGCAGGCGUGCGCAGUAUUUACCGCACUCUCCUCCCCCACCUGGGUCUGAGUCAAGAAGACCGGAGGCGGAGGGCGCAGGUAGGUGGCACGGUCUAGCUUGCACCUUGACGCUCAACUCCAAUCACCCUGGCCCCUAUAGCAAAUGACCAGGAUUUUAAUCAACAACAACAACAAUGGGGAGGGCCGCAGGGGUCUCAAUAUGCUCGACGUACGCCGGCAACUGGGUCUGCCACUGCACUCCGAAAUGUUGGCACUUGUUAUGGUACGCAAAUCCUGCCAGAAUCCGAUAUGGCCCCCGUGUUGUUCCAGCGCAUUUACUACGUGGACUGUUUAAGGGUCACAAAAGGUAGAUACAGAAUCCCCAAAUCAGACAGGCAACAACUACGUAGGGAAGGUGGACGCUGAAGAAGCACCACGGUGCCGCAGUUUCAUUAUGAUUACGGCACAUCACAGUUCCACAAUGCAAUAGUACGUAGGCAGUUGGGGACUCCUAUGUAGGAGUAUGAAGAGACAUAAGCUGUUUUAAAUGAUGUGCAUAUAACGUAGUUUAGGUCUCUUAUGAACAACUGAAGACGCAAUUUGACUUACAAAGUACACAGGAGGGAGAAGCUUUCCAACUGCGAGUGAACCCCCGCCUAACGCAUGCCACACAUAGACACGGCGUGAAGUCUGACUGAAGUUUGCCAAGAGCCAACAUAGUCCUCAUUUUAAACUAAUGCAACGGCGGCGAAGCCUGUUUUGCGGAUCCCAGAAAGCGGAAUAAUGCAACAAAAACAGUCGGACUACUUUUCAUCGGGACAUCGACCUGGCGAAAGUAACUCCACAGACUAAAACAAAACUAUCUCGACAGCCCUCACCCCAAUAGCCCGAAAACGAGUGCUUAACUAUGGUCUCUAGAGAAUAGGAAGAUGUCGCCGUAUCGCCUGCCCACCAGAACUGGUGCUUUAAACAACUGCUCUUUUUCGAACUGUGUAUAUAAAAUCGGUUGGUCCUCUUCCUCUUUCCUGGGAUCGAGAGGAAAAAAGAGAAGGUGUAUGCUCACAUCAUGCAGAUCCUGAUGCAACUCUUCAAACUCCUCGAGGAAGGCAGCAAGAUGUUUACCGGCCCCGUUCUCCCUCACCAGUUAACGAAUCUGCUUGCCGAUAGUGAACACGUUCAGUCGUGUAGCCUGUUUUAGGCAAAAUUUCAUGAGCCCUAUAUGGUAUCUUCCUAGUGGCAUAGAGAGAAAUGUAUUAUUUUUGCAUGGAAAGUGUAGUCUUGUGGACUGAAAGCCUUUAGCGCGGAUGCAACGGCAUAUGGGGCUAUAAAUUAGUCGGGAAUUGAAAAACUUUUAAGGCCUAAUUUUUUGAGCAUUAAAUUUCAAAAAAUGAUUUCCCACCAAGUAUGUACAAGGAAGAAUAUUUUGCUGCAUCAUUUCUAAAAUAUAUAUCUAUAUAUCUUAUGCGUAUACGUAUAAAAUAUCCGACAUAUAUAUCCCAAAGUCAAAAGAAAAAAAUGCACACUACCUAAGUAGGCAUUUUUCAUUGAGUGCGGCUUUUGUGGGCGAACGAAAAGAGCCAAUCGUCCAUUUGUGUCUCAAAUACCAUAUAAUUAUGCCGCACGCUAAUGAAUGGCAAAACCCAGCUUAAGCAAUCCCUCCUAGUCGAUAACUCAUUUCAGAAUUUAGAUUGACACUUCACGAGAUUGGCCACUAAUUGAUUCAUGUGCAGAGAUUUGUCGUGUAAACUCCUGACAUUCCAUCGAUGAUAUUUCAGCUAGUUUCACCCUCAUUAUGUCCCCCAGAAGACCAUAUAGGACGCUCUUCUUGUUUUUAAAUCGUCUUAUUCGCGCCUAAGGAAUGCUGGUCACAGAUAACAACAUGAUCUCCCUUCACCUUCACAAGAGUAAGUGGGGACUAUAAGCUGGUGACCUCGUUGUAAACCAUGUUUCGAUUUCCCGCUGAGAUUUGACCAGAACGCGGUUUUUGGGUUUGUUGUGGAAUUUUAUACAUAUCUAGUGAAUAAAAUAAUCCUCUUCCUCCGCUAUGAUGCGUCUGCGUCAUCAUUUACAGACAAAGCGUUGCCUUAAUGACAUUACCUUCCUCUGUUGGCGGCUGUAGUCGCUCAUGCACCUCACUUCCGUACAUUUACUUGACAUGGCUUCCUCGCUGAGUUUUGGGUCAUUAAUGAUACACCCACCCAGUCCUUUUUGUGCUGCCCGACCGGGCAGGCCGAGUAAACAGAUUACAGAGUCUGGCGAAAUUGACUGUUCGGUGUUGCCUUCAUAGUACUUCCCUCGGCACUUUCCGUAAUGUCCUCUCAGUACCCCUUUUCCACUUUCUUCAGUCUGUUCGUACUACAUCGCCUUGGACAGGCUUGCAAGUGCCAAGGCCUCACAUAUAGUCCGUGGAAGGUCCGUGUUGUCGCCUUGCACAUGCGGACAAUUGGGCAUGUACCUUUGCCCGGUGUGUCCUCCAAAAGCUCCCGUUGUUUUUCGCCCUCCCGCCGAAACUUGUCAUGAUCAAGCCAUAAGAACUGUGUUGUCCACCAGGUUGUACAUUUUGUGGUCUUAGGGGCUAUGCGCGUAUGCUGUGCCAUGCUCCAGCAAACCAUGGCUCUCGCAGCCCGGUGUGUGCGCUGGCAGUUCCCUGGCAUGGGAUUCCCGACUGGAGGAUGCGUUCGCGCUCCCGCUAGGUAUACAGGCCGCGCGCGUGGUUGCCCAGUGACUUGUGUCAUCCUUGUUGGCCAAGUGUUUGUUGUGGACUAGAGGGGUGUGGUUGUGCGCCUAGGUGCGGGUCCGGCCGCGCCAGCCACAUACGCCCUCCCCCGCGUUAGUCCUUUUGACUACGCCUUGACACGGGACUCAGGCGGGAGAGGGGCGUAGGAGAGAGUGCGGUAGAUGCUGUGCACGUCCACUGUCACCAUAAACUAAUUCACCCACCGGACACCAUGCCUGCUCUCACUUUGCUGUGGAGCACGCGGUGGACACCGUUGGCAACGACGGUUGAACUGUCAUCUUUUGUGGCUCCCACAACGGUCUUCGUUGUAGGUGCGCUGGAUCAAAACGAGGGUCCGGUGGUCUCACGACACGCGUUUAUCCGACUGCGCCGAGUCCGCUCACGCCCAAUACUAUGGCUUGUGGCGGCACGCCUUAAAUGCCGACCUUCACGUCGCCUCAACCACUGCGUCCAUCUACUUCACCCGUCGGUCGACUGGUUCGAGAACUCGACUAGUGCAUGAGUGAGUUGAGCCGACACCAGGGAAUCCAUCGUUACAACACUUCAGCGCAUCCCUCACAGCAAUAAGUCUAACACUCUUGAAUCUACCACGACCUACUAAAAGUCGCGCCUCGGAAGGUUGGUGACCGACGGAAUGACUCGAUCCUUCUCAGGACUGACAGUCAGGCUGCAGUGGCUCCUUGGUAUGGUUUUCAUGGCCCUCUCACUUAUGUGAAACCCCAGCUGCGGACCAGGUCAUUCGUGGCACAUACAUAGACGCACUACUUAGCUGUGUCACCCAUGGUGUCCAAUUUCACCUCUGGCCGUCUUGUUAUUGGAGCAGGGUAGGUGAAGGAGGAUGGAGUGCAGUAGACGCUUCGAAAGCCUAAUUAUAAACUCAUUUGCGCGCAAGUCACCGAUACCGUGCCCACUCCGUGUGGGCACGCGGUGGACGUCGCCUGCGACCGUCGGACUGUCUUCGUUUAUAUUUUGUGACGCUCAUUAAUUGGGGGCUGGCGUCACGUCAACCUCUGCUCCCAAGCUCAUCACAGGCCGGCCGAAAGGCACGGAUAGACAGUUGGCGUGCGAAAGAGGAAAAAGACUGUAAGAUCGCUAGUCAGGCAGACUUCCGUAGGGCAGUUCAGUGGUUUACUCGCUAUAGCAAAUCCUGCACUUUCAAAUCUAUCGCGACGAUCUGCAAGCCAGGGCCUAAAGGGCUGCCAGCUAACAGACUAACCUGACCCCGAAUGGACUGACCUUCAUGACACCUCUGUCCUGUGAGAUGUGCGGUAUGUGUUAACCAUCGCGCCCGAUCGAACCCUUAGUCGACUUGGCUUGCGCUUACUACUGGUGUGUGCUCGGGAAGUGAGGUUGAUCGCCUAUUUUUCUUACCAUAGGCAACCAAACGCUCUUUUAAGCCAUCGCAGCGCGUUGAAGGCCGUGGCUUCGAAGGUUGCCAACCGAAGUGACAACUUGAUCCUCCUAAGAAAAGUCAGGUUGAAAUCGCACUUUUGUGUCACCUUUAUAGCAACUCUUCUAUGUGAAUCUGUGGCCCUCCUUUAAAAUGUAGCCCGUGCGGAGUAGGAACCAGCGCAUGACAAUGAACUGUCGUCCUCACGGUAGGAUACGGUACAAUAGGGACCCCCCGUUUUACAGGUGGCUUUGCGCUGAACUCCGGGGGAGUAUCUAUUUCCACCUUACCAUCUUGACUUUGUCUUCUCACUGGAGUAGGAUUGGCUGCAGAAGAGCCAGUGAGACAGGUAUGUCACUAGCCGAAUUCACGCUCAGACCACUGUUCUUGCCCCUGGGCGGUGGUGGUUCUCGUCGCUAACGAUGGUCGAACCAUAAUCUUUCCGUUGCAGUAUUGUCGUCUCACAUCGUUAACCUGUGAAUUUUUUGUUAUCCUAGAAACUCGUCAAUGAAGCCUUCCAGACCCUGUGGUUCACGCCCGUGCGCGAGAAGGAGUCAGUGAAACUGUUACGAAAAGUCAUGAAUAUAACCGAUGUGGUCGCAGCCUCCAAAGAGACGGGAUAUGAGUGGUUUGAACAGUUUCUGGAGAGCGUAAGUGUUCUGUUGUUUUUUUCUUUUUCUAACGAACUGCGCUCUUUCUGCGACGUAUGGUUCCACCCGACUCUCUUCAAGUAAGGCUUUGCCGCGGGCUUUAUCGCUUUAGUUAAUCAGGCGUGGUGGUGACUGUAGUGUCAUCCAUAUUUCUCGACGCAGGAAUUUGCACGCGUACGCCCAUGCGAUUGUCAGCAAUCGGGUUAAUUGGCGAAAAGAAAUCAGCGACACUUUGGGCAGUCGUGCAGAUCAGAUAAUGCUACCCCAACUCAGCUACUGUGGCUGAUUUAAUUUCCAGUCAUCUCGCGUCUGAGUCUAGGUGAGAGAAUAGAGUGAGGACAAAUGAGCUCGGUAUUUUCGAGCAUGAUCCAGUUCUGGGCAAAUAUCUUUAACCGAAACUGUUCUCCUGUCAUGUUGGUUGUGCUCUAUCUCUCGGCUACUGAUUCCUUCCAGCAGACCACACCGGCCUUGCGGGAUGAUGCGUGCAGAUGCACACCAAUUUCGCCCUUCCCCAGGAUAGCAGUGGCAUUUCGCACUCAGUCCGUCAAGAUUAUCGAGUACUGAUUUCUUUUAAUAUCUGUCCCUUAAUUGCCAUCGGCCGCCAUGUUGAUAUCGCGCCGACCACCGGCUGGAUUUGAGGGGUACCCAGCCAUUCCGAUGAGUCAGAAGUCCAGUCGACAUACUAACAGUUCAAGGGCAUGACCUGGUCUGCUCAAUUCCAGGCCGGCCUUGAACACUUUUGUAUGUACCUUUUAUCUCCUCAUUUUCGCUGCUAGGACUCAGCAACGGACUUCUUGUUCUUCCACCCUUGCUGCUGACUUCCCAUUUAGGGAUUCGGUCGCUGAGGUUUGUGUAACGGGCUACCAGCCAGGCGUUACGGCCUGAGCAUAACAGUGGGAUCAUUUCCUAAACAUUUAUCCAGGGUCUUUUGGCGAUGCCCCAGUCUGUUUUAUUCGUGAACUUGUAACGACGCCAGUCACUACCGAUCAGCCGGUUGCUUAAACAGGUCGGAAGACUACCGUGCGAAGUUAAACCAUUUGACAGACCAAGGACCUGAGCUACAGUCUAUGUCGACUCACGUCCUCAGUUGGCUGCUUGGACGCCGUCGUUUUCCAGGGUCGGGCUCGACCGAGAUACCAUCCCAAGCGAGUCCACCUUCCAGCCAGUGCAGCACAUGGCUGUGCCAUCUUGAUUGGCGAGUAAGGAGGGCGCAGUCGAUCGAUUGUGUUCCCACUCAGCUAUGUAGACUUUCGUGAAGGACAAAUUCAAAACAUGCGGCUCAAGCACCAUCCAUCUACUAGUUCCACACAGCUUCCUCGACAUCAAUCCUUUUGUACGCCAGGUCUGGUUUUUUGAAUGAUGUCACACAAGAUUUGAGUCAAGACAGUCGAUGGUAUGCCAGGCUGACUAAUAAUAUUCCCCAUAUCUGCCUUGACACUGUCAAUCGGCGAAAUUCGGGAGCUAAGCAGUACCCUCCUAAAUUGGGUCAUUCGAGAUUGCUGCUGUUCCAAUUUUGCAUUUUACUUACGCAGGAUCUCUAAGCUAUUACCCUAGAGGGAAUUCUUAAUGCUAGUGCCGGAGAUUGCAUUUUGGACGAAUGCGUCCCCUUGCUGACGCUGCUUCUUGCGAGACAUCCUUUUUUCCCAUCCCGUGUUAUUCAGCAGUUCUGUAACCAAAACUCUUACGCAUGACUUUCAGAUUAACAGUCAAUUUUCUCCUUUCUACGCAGCAAGGCGACUUGCCCAGCUAACGCAUAAUCGCCUAUAAAAUAGUGUCAGUUUUUUGAAUUUACGGUUUACCUUUUCUUCUGUUUCAUCCUUUUCUAUGCAGUUGCUCAGCAAAGAAGAGGGUGAAAAAGUUCGGCCGGUUGAGAAAGCCUGCGUACAAAUUGUAGAGUGUCUUGUGCAAAACAUCAUGCGCCUUGAGGAGAUCCCGGGACAAACAAACCGCCUGGUCGCCUGCCUGGCCACACUUCACCUGUUCACCAAAAUCAGGCCCCAGUUGAUGGUGAAGCACGCCAUGCUUAUCCAGCCCUACCUGUCCAUUCGUGGUCACGGUGCCUCAGAUGCCUACAUUCUGCACUACGUAGCACGCAUCCUGGAAGUCACUGUACCCCUCCUGGAGCAUCCCAGCGAGACUUUUCUUGCCCAAUUAGAGGAGGACAUGGUGCGGCUGACCCUACGGCAGGGAAAGAUUGUCCUCGAGUCCUGUGUCGCCUGCCUCGGCUCUGUGGUAAACCAAGUGUCAAAGAACUACAGCCUUACUCGUGACUGCUUUUCGCGUUUCUUCAAUGCGCUGGUACGCUUCAAAGACGACCUAAUGGCCGAACCUGAGAAACCUAUCUCACCUCAGAUUCGGCCAUCCAUUUUGCGAGCACUGUUCACCGUUGGACUCCUUUGUAAGCACUUCGACCCCAACGUCUUCCAGCGGGGCACGCAGGUAGGUUGAUGGCUUUUGCAGCACUAGCAAUUCACUCUGCACGUGAGGAGUUAAAGUAUUUCGUUGGGGGACGUAUAACGUUCUUCCCUCGUGCUUAACGAGCGACUGAUAGUGGCUAGUAAAAUGAGCUAUAAAUGACUACUCACGUUUUGCAAGUAGGUUGUUCAAAUAACUAUGUUCUGUUUCUCGCAGCCGAAAAUUCUCGACCAGGUGUUUGAGACACUCAUGUUCUUCUCCGAACAAUUGAAAACUGACUUGGAGAUGCGUAAAAAGGCUCUGGCGGGUUUGGGAUUCCUGUGUACUCGCCAUCACGAACUGCUCUGCGGACUCAGGCUGUGCAAUUUCUAUCACCAGUUGCUUCAAGCACCUCACCCGCCGCCGCCAGCUCCUGGUUCUGCGGCCAAUUCCUCUUCUCGUCCGCAGUCCGACGGUUCAGUGGAACUCAAGAACCUGGUCCUGGAGAACCUACUGCACUUUUUCCUAGAAGAAGAGCGCAGGAUGUUGGAAGCUGACGCCAAGUGUGAGUUUGCCCUUUCAAGCUUUCCAAACCCGUCACCGUUUUAGCUUGUACUUCCAGUCCUUGUAAGCAGUCAUUCUGUUCUUAUUUUCAUUAGUUUUCCAGAGCUUCUAUAUGCUACAAUUCAAUACAAUGGUUUUAUAUUGUGACGAGCAUCAAACAUUGUAUUCACUCCUUUCAGGGAAAACAACUCGGGGCUGAAGGUAUACUCAGAGUUUUUUUAUUCAAGGCACUUUCCUUUCGAUUCAAAAGUCAUCUGGGCCGUUAGACGUAGCCCACAGUUUGGGCGACUUACUGUUUUGGUUGAAUUUGUAGACACCAAUUCAUGAUUUCACCGUUGGGUUUGCUUUACUUUGUAUUUCCUGCCGUGAUUCUAACGUUCGCUUCGCAAUUAUACCUUUCAGGGAAGGCCUGUCAUAAAGAAGAGUCUCUCAAGAUCAUGGGUGACGUGGCUUCUGGCAUCGGUAGCCAUGUCGCUCAGGCCUAUCUGAAGGACAUUAUGGAGUCCUUCUUCUCCCCCUCACCUUCCGUGCGUCUUACAUCGCUCUCCGUGAUCACUACAAUUCUGCGCCAGGGUCUGAUUCACCCUGUACAAACAGUGCCAUACCUCAUUGCUACGCAAACUGAUAAUGACCCGAACGUGCGUUUCAAAGCGGAGACUCAGCUGCAGGAGAUUGACAAUAAAUUCCCGGGCUUCAUAAGUGUGAGUUGUCUCUCUGGCCACUCGUCCGAGGUCGCAUGAAUGUUAUCUAGUUAACACGACGGUUUCUGAGUUGCGAAACUUCCCAAAGCAGUAUUCAGAAGACGAGUUAGCUAGCAUAUGUCUGCUGUCGUUUGGUUCUCCUCAGUCCAGUACAAUUAUAUGGGAGUGGAGUACAGUCAAACAUAGAAAAUCGAUAAAAGUUAGUUUUUAAAAACACAGGCUAUGCGAGAGCGGAAGGGCGCAGAAAAUUGCAUGUGGUUAGUCAACCCUUGACUAUGAUAAGCGCAGAGCCUGAACGAGGUUCAUCUGAGCGCAUAUGGUUAGUUUUCAUAACCUGAUUGCGGCUGCUUCUGUCGUUGCUAACAGGCGCUGGCCCAGUAGCUUAGGAUAAUUCGAGGGGACCUUAUAAAUCACACGAAAAGCUUCACCGGGAUUCACACGAUGCCCUGAAUCAAUUGCAUGCGCAAGAAUAGCGCUUAUACUCCCAGUUUCGCCUUUUCCUAGGCGUGCGGGCGGUGUCCUCGUAUUCUUUUGGAUAGACGCCGACUCGUAGGACCAAUAUAACCUGUGCCACAGGGGCAAGUGAAAGAAUAGAUACAAAUUGGGGCAGUCUGAAAUGGCAGCUCAUCAUUACCUUCUCCGCGUAAAGUAGAGAUGGUAGAGAAUGAUAUUCAAACCCUUGCUGCCGGUAAGGUUCUCUGAACAGCUUGAUCAAGGCGCCGUAGUUCACUCGCAGCAUCUCCCUCAAAAGGAAUUUUGAAGAACAAAGUUUUCUUCUCGGCGAUCAGUUUGGUGGAUUUUGCCGGUCGUUCGACAGUGUUCUUUGCAAUUAAUCUGUCAGGAUACCCCUUUUCGCGAGGCAAGUCCUGUAUCUUUCUAAGCCCCUCAUCGAUGCGAUCUACUGAACAAAUUUUUCUAGCUCUUUGUGCCAAACACCGGACUAGAUUUCGUCUUUGUUGGAGUGGUACGAAACUGGCAAAGUUCGUGUAUUGUCCCUUUUGCAAAUGCUUGACUGCAUUUUGGCGCCUAAAGAGAGAGCCACCUUAAGGUCUUCACUAUCUUAGCUAGAUUUUCAACGCAAAGCCCCCGCCCAAUACGUGCCACGCGCAUAACCACACAGCAGCCACUGUUAUCUCCUGAGUGGUAAGGGAUGCAGUUCCCAGCAAUAGAUUUUGCCAAACAAGCACAUGCGUUAGCUGACCUUUUUGGUCCUCAUCAUGUCUCGCGUCCUGAAUCCUUCCUGCCUAUUCUGCGUACGCCUCUUUUGUAGGCAAAUUGCAACGGAAUUCCAGUCCUCAUGAACUAUGUGGGCUGUUUUGUUGUGUGAUAAGUUACUGACCUGACGGAUGUAUGAAAUGUCUGCCGGAGUUCAACAUGAAUGGAAGUGACCACGAUCUUCCUCCCGUCUACCUGUACUAUCUGCGUGAUCUAACUUCGCGACGCCUUUAUUUCCCCCUGCUUUAGAUGAGAGCGACACAGGGCGUCUGCAUGUCCUUCCGCCUUCAAGCCGUACUGCAUGCGUCAGGCUGUCUGCAUAAGGCUGAUGCUCGGCUGGAUGAACCGGCAACCGCUGCGAGCAUCUCAGAAGUCUCCAGUGCCACCUGUACACCCCAGCAGACCCCCCAGAAGACGGCCCCCGUCUCCUCCACGAGACGGUCAACCCGACAGCACAACCAUCAGUCACAACAACAGUCCGAGUCGGAGAACCUCUCUCAGGAAACUGUAGCAGUGCCGCCUGCAGUAGCACCUGAACCCGGAGGCAGAGCACCCAUAGCACCCCCUGUCGUCAUUGAUUACGGUGCCAUUCGCGGUUCUCGCAAUGUGGACAGCGACAUUCCUUCCGCUCUAAACUCCCAGCUCUACUCGAUGCUGCGAGGAAAUCGCGGUCAGCGCCGCUCCUUCUUGAAUGGCCUCUUAGCCCUCUUUGAUGACUCACAGGUAGGCGCUUCCAAAUCCUCUCCCCACACACACACACCACUACACCGCAUUGUCCGAUUGCAACAGGUCCUGUCCUUAGCAAUCUAUUCUGUCCAACUCUGCUCUGUAUAUAGCAAGCAUAAUGAAGAUUUUAAUUUGUGCGUGUCAGGUCGCUCGCUGCCUUGUCACCCACCCAUUUUUAUUCAGUUGAGCCAAGACACCAUUCUCCAACUUGAGUCAGGGGAGAUUGAACUUAUUUAGAAGUCAUUAACACAUUUUCAAAGACUGACUACGGGGGAACGUGGGGUGCACACAACCAGGAAUUUUUCCUGCUGACGUAUUCGGACCGCUAACCUUGCGUUUGGAACACGCGGAUCGAUGCAAACCGUCUCACAGCUAACUCUUUUUAGUUGCAUAACCUAUCCAUUUCCCAUAAUCUGCAUUACCAGCCACUCCUAUUAUUGGCACUACGAUCAAUGUCAAAUCUGAUAUAUUUCGGAGCACUUAUGACUUAAACACUCCAAUGCCAAUUAUUAACGCCAGAUCUUGUCCCGAGUUGGUGGGGCUUAGUCUGUUCUGCACUCUGUCAAAGGAAACCAAAUUGACCUAAGAAGACUGUGUGUUUAUGGCCCUUGCAAAAGCUUCUCCUAACUCUCAUCGCUUCAUCGACAGCGUGUACAUAGUUCGACUUUGGUCGCAUGCUUUGUCCUUUUCUGCUGCUUCGGACGGUUAUCAGUCUCAUAAUUCACGUCGUUAAGCGCCAGCGGACUUGUUUUGAGGUGAAUAUCAUUGUCACAAGCUGUCCGACAAAGACCGUUAAGACGGAGGAACUUGAACCUCAGUUAACAUCGGAUUUAGGAGGGUUUCGUCCAAGCCUAGGGAGAAGGGAGACUUCAAGCAGCCCGAAGAUUUUUGGCAGCCGGUCUGUCGCACAAACAGGUUAUUUCUUGCAGGCAUUUUGCCCAUAUUUUUUUUCUGCCAAGAACCCUAUCUAACCGGCUAGGUGUUGUUUCAUUCUUUUCCACAAAUAGCGUCUAUCGUUGGCACGGCUUGUCUACGUAGCCGACAAUCUCGCCUUCUUCCCCUACCAGUGUCAGGAGGAGCCCCUCUUUGUGAUACACCAUAUCGAUCUCACAGUCAGUAUGAACGGUUCCACUCUGUUGCAAUCUGUGCGCGAAGCCCUCUUUCCCGAAUUCAAGGCCGCCUUUGAGGCGGCACUGGCUGCCCAGCGGACGGCUGAGGCAGAAGCGGGGAUUGCUGCGGCUGCUCCCUUCGGUGAUUCUGAAGACCCCUCUAUCCAACAGCAAAAUCAGCAAACAGCUGGACCGGAGGACCAACAGAUCCAGGCAGAAUCGGCGGCGCCUCCCCCUUCGAAGCAUUCGCUUUUUAAGCUCAACACCCCGGCCUCCUCCUCCUCCUCGGCUGCACUCCAUGCCGGUCGCGAAGGUUUGUAACUGUCCUACUUUCCCUCUGUUGCCUUUGUCCUCGAGCUGUUUUGGCAGAGAGAAGAGACUGGCUACUCUUGCCCACUUUAGUGCAUCUGAUCUGACAACACCCAUAUUCAAAGUGUAAACGCGCUUCUCAAAAGUGAAUUUGCCGGGCAUUACUGAAUUGGAACCAUCUCUGGUAACCCAAAAUCUCACAUUCGUAGUAUAACUGCAUUCAUAAUCCACCUGAAACCUCGCUGUACUUCAUUCGGCAAAGCCGGUCGUAUUUUGGCCUGCAAAGUUCAGUGAUACGCCUCGUGUUAAAGUGUUCCAAAUAAUUUCACUCAUUUCAAAGGAACCGGCCGAUCUCGAACGGUUAAGUUCUUAUCAUCUAUUAACACAUGUAUGUCUGCCAUGAUAUCUCCAAGUUAUGUACAUUACCACGGACCGUACGUUGUUACUAAAACGAUGCACGUGACGGUGCCUCUUAACUGACACUAGCUAAAAAGGGAGAACCUGUCUGACUGGAUUUUUAUUUGAAAAGCUGAUUGUUUAAAGAAAUUUAAGCCGAAGAAUUUGUUCCUUUCAAUCAGAUCUCGCGCUAAGCUCCCAUUCGCUGACAUUGUACAUCUUCGCGUGCUACAGGUCGGCUUGGACAGUUAGCACUGUCUGUACAAGGCUAAAUACGGCAGUUAGCGUCAUUUCGCGCUGAGUGUUCACGUUAGGUUAUCUUCUGACAAUGAGUAAUGGACGUGGGCUCACAUUUCUGGUUGCCCCUGAUCUCUUUUAGCCACAUCCACUCUCAAUUCUUCAAUCGCCUCGCUGUACGUGGACGAGGAGAACGAAGACGCCAUGGUCACUCGCCUCCUUUCCUCCGGGCCUGCCGGUUUCACCGCAGUUCAGAACGCGGUCCACGCUAGCCGCGCCUGUCUGCUACUGCUAAACCUAAAGCAGUACCUGAAGGACGUCUACGGAAUGACAGAUAGGUAUGCGACAGGAGUUCCUGAGUUGUACACCCACAACCUCCCCUGUGGGCGGAAAGCAUCCAAAGCAGUCUUCCAUUUGACGGUUAUAUUUUCACUGACGACAGCAACUCUGAUCGUCCUUUUUACCCUCUUCAUCUUCCAGUAAAGUUCAGAAGUACUCCCCUACGGACUCCUCUAAACUGUGGGAAAAGCAACUGACACGUCGGUCCGGCGUCCGUUUCGUGCCUGCUCUCUGUCUCCGUUCUGCCGCCGAGGAGAUUGCCAAGGAAGUGAACAGCGCUAGUGCACCGCAAGCGACCUCCACUGACGAGAAGCCGGCAACUGACGGUAGCAGCAGCAGCAGUGGCCCUGCAACGGCGGAAGAGCAGCAGUCGUCUGCAACCGCCUCCUCCAACGCACAGCCCGAGGAGACCCAGGAAAUCAGCACAGAGGCUGCACGCGCUCUGGUCCUCGAGUUCUUGGAGUUCCGAAAGCUCAUCCUUUCCAUUGAUCCGCCGGACGAAGAGGAUGCCUUAGAUACCUCAAUCAACGCUGGCGAGGGUGGGCAGCCACUCCAGGCGGGCGAUAACGCCACUGGUACGAGAUACUUUACUAAUUCCAACAAUGUCUCCGCCUUCUCUCAAAACCAGUUCCCGCUUCCUCCACCCACAGUGACGUUUCUCGGCUGUCGUUUCUUAGACCACCUCACGGGACUGAACUCUUGAGCUGAUUAUAUGGGGUAGAAUUAGAGAAAUUUGUUACUCGCAUGGCUAGAGUUCAGUGACUUUGCCCAGACUGAUGGGUUGGGUUCGAAACGCCGCAUUUUAUAGCGUACUUUGUGACGCUUAACCUCAACUUGCCAUUCCUUGGCGUUAAGUUCGCAUGCAUCGGUAUUUGUGACACAAAUCUUUUCAAGACGCAGAAUGAGAACACACAGUACCGUUAUCUCUUGCCUGCCCUAUCAUUAAGACUACAACGCCCCUUGAAUAAGUGGUGGAGCUUGGUUUUAUAAGUGAUGAUUCAGAAGGACAUUGGCGCGGUAUCCAAAAAUAUCGGCUAUUAUAUAUGUAGUUUCUGGGGAACAAAACCGGUAAUUAUUACUUGCAUGGCCCCCUAAACAGGACAUGAGAAGAGGAACCGCCCGCAACGCAGGUAGAUUUGCGCCAAAUUUCAGGGAAACUAGUGUUAAGGUAAGCUAAAGUUGAGAUGAGGGCUACGGUUUACGGCCAGUGUGGGGGUUAGCACACGGGAAUAUUUAUCCGGUAAGAUGUGGUUUGGUAGCCCGACCUGAUGGACACAAUACUGUUUGAGUUGGGUUUCAUGGUUACAGUUAGGGGAUAGGGGUAGCGGUUAGCGCUACUAUUUCUCAACCAUUUAAAGCAUAAGCGCGCAUUCCCAAUAGCUUUUCUUUUGCAUACAACUACUUGACUUCGUCGCCUGUGCGUUUCCCGGCCGCACCUGUAAAACCCCCUAUUACCACCGGUCCCGUAUUACAAGUGACUAGAGUUUGUUUACUUCAGGUGAGGCUACAUAACCACAUCCAACCAGCUAUCGUCUUUGGAAUUAUGCGUAAAGCCGCCGUUAUUACUUAAGGUUAGCGUUCCCAUACAUAUGUCCUGUUUAAGUGCCAUAUAAUUAAUCCUCAUCGCGAAACCUUCAAGAAGAUUCCUAUUCAUCAUUAAUGGAAUAUGAAGACUUAAUUAGUAAGGUCAAGCAGAGAAGGGCGUCUUCUGAGAACGGUUCCGCCACAUUGGAUUAGUUUGAGGUUGUCUUUUAAUGCACUAUCACCACCUCUCAGGUUCGGAAGGUUCUUCAUCUGUCGGUGGGUCCAAGGAGCGGAGGGAGGACAAGCACUUUUAUUUUUUUCUCAUGUAACGCGCCACAUGCUUGAAGUUGGUUCGUUAUUUUUUAGAUACUGUACCCACGCGUCUCCCCCCGGGUCGCACACUCGUCCCCCAAACGCAUGGAAGGUCAUCCGAUGAGGAGGAUGAGAACUCGGAUGAUUCAAAUGUAAGUCUUCCGUGUACACUAGGACGCGUUUGUAUGUCAGCGCUUUGUAAGCGGUUUAGUGUGACUGUUAUAGACCAAACCUCACGCACCGGCAGAGCAGUAUUAGGCCUUAGAGCGACAUGCCGGCACGCCGUCACAGGGAUUCAUAAUGAACGGGGUCGAAUGCUGCGGCGAAGUCUACGAAACAGCCUGAGGUCGAUUGCUGGCGGUCAUAACAGAAAUGAAAAAUGCACCGUAGUGUUUAUAUAUUCUCGGUGCCUUUAACUUAGAAACCGACUCGAUUGGGUUUCAUGCUUGAGCGAAGGUGACUUUGAGGCAAUCGGGAAAAUGGCAGCAGCGUAUGCCUUUACGUCAACUCCCAUGCGACGAGCCUGGGCAUUGUGACUGCUCAGCUAUAUUUUCAGUCCACACUUCACUUUUGCUUCCCCUGACAAGCAACCCACACUUACUGAACGGUCAGUUCGUCGCAGAUUGUAGACCCAGUUUUGUAGCUCCUGAUUGCCGCGUGUCCUUGACGCAGUUUUUUCGUGCCUGUGAUAGGCUUUUGUGCCUGGCUUAUUUCAUCUUCUUACUUCCUUUAACACCAGGCCGGUGGCGCUUCGAGACUGCUGUUGGCUCAAUCGGCACCCCAACGCCGUCGAGGAGCUGGUGGUAGCGCCAGUGCCCCUAGGGGUGCACGUGCCACCCGCCCCACUCCCACAAAAAGACGCAGCACCCGGCAAAAGCGACUUCGGGUAAGCAACGACAGAAUUCUCUCUACCUCUUCCACUCUGUCCUCAAUCUCUUCGGUCUUUAUCGUCUCCUGUAGCCACGCUCGUCUUUCAAGGCCGAUUCAUUCAGAAUCUACUAGGUCCUUCAUGACUAGCCAAGCCAUGCCGACUUGUCGGAGGCUAAAGACCUGUAACCGUCCAAAAUUUCAGCUACGUCCAAUCAAAUUUCCCCAUUCUUAUUUCGAGUGGAUCUCAAGCACCCUUUAUCUAAAUAAAAGGCGACUUGAAUGAAGUUGUUUCAUAUACAUAAUAUUUUAUGUGGGUAAAUAUCCGGCAGAUGGUGACUAUUGAAGAUACUAAAUCUCCUCUCCAUCCCACUUACUGGCGCUCGGCGUUCUUUGUGGCUGACUGUUGUGGGAGAUGAUUAAUAGGCGUGGUAGUAAUCGCCACAUUCGAGGUAAGGGGGACUGUGUGUUCUCAAACCCCCUACAGUCAUGUAACCUGAUCUCUGCCUAUCCUUUGAUGUCAGUCGCGGUGGCCACGGUGGCGGUUAUGCUACCGACUGUCAUUGUUAGUUUGCUUAUUCUCGCACAGCACUUUGAUCCCCACCAAUAUCUUUCCCUUAUUAAAGAGCCAGUUGUUGGCCUCAAACGUAUCCAUUCUGGGGGUCGUUGAAGUCCGAAGUCUUCGUAACACUUAGUCAACGCGUUGAAAAAGUUGAGUAUUGUACUUAAAGACCCCGCCAUUGCCCCUCCACUUUUGGAUCGAAUGUUCUUAACUCCCGCAAAUCCAGAUACGCAAAAAUUGACUAAACCAACCUUGCUGAACUAGAACCUGUUUUGUAUGAGAACAACCGUCUUGUGCUGCCGUAUAUGUUCCGAUACUGUUGGAAGUAUGACUGUGGGGGAUAUUUUCGUGUGAUAAUUCGAUGUACAAAGUAUUGCGGCAUCUUAAGAAUUAGACCCAUUCCACUCCGUUUUCGGCUAAGGAGUCAGAAACUCUCUGCCUCUCUAAGCCUCACUGUCUUAGUCUGCUAGGAACCAUUUUGCUAUCCCUUCUAGGUGGUGCUCUCCAGUGAUGAGGACUCUGAAUCACCCUUCGAAUCCGAGGCAUCUGACGCCGACUCCUCCUAG